AUGGACCGCGACAGUUUGGUAUACAAGGCCAAGUUGGCCGAACAAGCCGAGCGCUUUGAUGAGAUGGUCUCCGACAUGAAGGAGGUUGCCAAGCAGCCUCAGGAGUUGACUGUGGAAGAGCGCAACUUGUUGUCCGUUGCCUACAAGAACGUGAUUGGUUCUCGUCGUGCCUCUUGGCGUGUUGUGACCUCCAUUGAACAAAAGGGAGAUCCCGAGAAGAUGACCAUCAUCAAGGACUACAAGUCCAAGAUCGAGACUGAACUUGUGGAUAUCUGUAACGACAUCCUUGGAAUCAUUGAGGAGUCUUUGAUCCCCAACUCCACCUCUGAGGAAGCCAAGGUGUUCUACUACAAGAUGAAGGGAGAUUACCACCGUUACCUCUCCGAGUUCCAGACCGGCGACACACGCAAAGAGAGCGCUGGAGCUGCUUUGGAUGCCUACCAGGCCGCCAGUGGAAUCGCUUCAUCCGACCUACCCCCUACUCACCCCAUCCGUCUUGGAUUGGCUCUUAACUUCUCCGUGUUCUACUACGAAAUUCUCAACAGCCCUGACAAGGCAUGCCAAAUCGCCAAGCAAGCCUUUGACGACGCUAUUGCAGAACUCGACACUCUGAACGAGGAAAGCUACAAGGAUUCCACUUUGAUCAUGCAAUUGCUGCGUGACAACUUGACCCUCUGGACAAGUGACACAGCAGAUGGUGAUGAAGGUGCAGAACCAGAGGAAAAGGGGGAAUAA